GUUGUAUAUCUUUUGAGCUUCUUUUUGAAGCGUCAAGCCACAAAUUUACUGAUCUAUAAUCUACCUCCAAGGAUACGAGUAAUUAAAUAGAAAAAUUCAACCAUCUUUCAUGCGUUUUAAGUGUUUGUUCUCUGUAAACUGUGGUGAUUAAAAUCAUAAUUUAUAGAGUACUGGUUGUCACAAAUAUCUGAGAUUUUUUUUUUCUGUAUCAAACAAUGUAAUAAAACACUUAAGUGUGUUUUAUGCCUACUGAACGAUGACUUUUAAAAUAUAUAGCUGAGUUCACCUGACGGUCAUAUGACCGACCAAAAAAAACAAGUUUAACAAACACACUGUUCAGUCAAGUGAUACGUGUUCUCAGUCAUCAACUAUUUUCCACUGCCAUGCCAACCGGUCAUCAACAGGAAACCAGCCCACAGUGUGAUGACAGGAUGACUCACUCAUUCAUCUUCACUUCAAGAGGCUGCCACUUGAGCAGAGGUAUUUUGGCAGACGUGAAAAGGUUUGGUUUAGGAGUCAUGAAUGAGUGUCACUGGUGGCUGUCAGAGUGGAAGUGGCCUAUUUUCGGUGGUGUUGAAAUACUGAUUCAGGAUCCUUUUUUUUCAUUUUUAAUUAGGUAAGAAGUUUUGUGUCCUCUGCAUAGAAAAUACCAAGAACCUAUCGAAUAAGUUAUGGCAUAUUAGAAACAACCAAGAGCAUUUAAAGAAGACAGUCAUUGCAUCAUGGUUAGUCUUUAAGUCAUGAAGUUUACCAUAGACGAUGUCCUGCCACAAAAGGCAAUCAGUUCUCUCACAUCUACCACCAAUUUUGUCAACAUUAGCAUCGCCAAACAUAUAUUUUAUUUAUCUUUUUUUUUUUUUUAUCUUGUCCUGGUUCUAUUCAAAUGGAAAUACAGUAAAACAGUAAUGUGAUGCAUCAUUUUAGGCACAUUGAUUUACAAAAUAAUUAAAAAUAGAAAGGAAAGGAUGAGUUUUAUAUUUUUCUAUGUCAAUGAAACUUAAAGUAAACAAGCAAGCAAGACUGAUGAUUUGUAAAGAGUGAUUUUUUAAUGCUUGACAACAAUGUGAGGGGAUAGGUGUCAAACUAUUUUUUUAGUAUCUGUAUAAAAUAUUCAUAAUAAGUGAAAAUUUGAUUGUCAAAAGUCAAGAGAAAAAGAUUUUUGUCUGAAGAAAUUAUAUAUGCAGAUGACAAGGUGAGCUAAGACUGCUCUGUCCACAGGGGGGCGCCAGAGUUGACACAAACUGAAAGUUUCUCAGAGGAGCUUUAAUUCCAACAUCUUCACACAACUUAAACCACCAAAGAUGUUUCUGCUGCUUUUAAGAGAUCUAAAACUGUUCACACACGGUGCCUGAGGAGUCUAUUUCUUUUUACAAACAGAUGAAAAUCUGAUCUAAAACUACAAAUAGCCAUACGAGAGAGGCUUAUCUAUUCAGACAAAGGAUUAAUCUGACUGUAUUUCAUAUAAAUCUGAUAAAAAUGUUCAUAUUUGUGUAAAGAAAGACUUAUUUUAGCAACAACAAACAGACAAAACUAGAUUAUAAAGCUCUUUUUUAAAUAGUAGAAACUAAUUUUACUGAACAUCUAUUCUUCAAUCAGGGUCUAAUUUCAAGAAAGCUACAAGCUUAACUUCAUGUAUUCAAAUGACAUUGCCAACACUCUCGUCCAGACACAGAUAGGACCUGUUACAUAAGGUGACAAGUUACAAAACUGAAAAAUUCGACCAGCCUCAGAGAGAAAAUGACGAGCUCGUUGGAGCCGUUUGAAUCAGAAUAAACAUCCGUUUUUUUAGGCAGUUUCAACAUCAUCCAUCUCUGCAGAUAGGGAUCGUUUAAGAUAAGCUGGUGGACCGUUUGACUUCCCUUUUCUACGAUUUCUGUUGCAUUUCAUUAAAAAAAAAAAAAAAAACAUAGAUCGAGCAUUUCAUCAGAGAGGUGACUGUUUCUUGAAAAAGGUUCAGCUAAAGUCAUUCACAAAUACACCAAAGUAAAGAUGACCGUUGGUUUUAAGUGUAAGAUACUAAAAUCCAAAACAAAAAGACAAAGUCACAGUUAUUUCAGAUUAUCGAAACACCUCCCUGUCAACACAUAACUCCAACAUAACUCCACUGAGGCUGAGAAAAAUACCUGAGAUAAUAUGUUUGACAGAUUUCUUGGAAAUGAAAAUUUUAUACAGAGUCAAAAAUUAACCUCAUAAUACUGUGUGCAUGGAAACUUGGAGAUUUAGCAUCUGAAACUGUGUGUAAUCUUAUAAAAAAUAAUCAUAAUUGCUUUCAGCAAAAUGAGGGUCAGUGCAAUUAGAAUAUUACUGAGAAUUUGUGGAUUAUAACCAUCAAAUUUUUCCAGAUGAAACUAGAAUGAAAGCAACUCUCCUUCCACUGACCCCAGAAGACAUUAAAAAACUUUUAAAAGACUUAAAAGACAACCUGACAGUCUCUCUAGAAUAAAGAAGAUUCGUCAGAAGGUAACAGUGUUUUUAGUUACAGAAUUUUGUACAGACUGGGGGGUCACUAACCCCCAAAACUACAACUGGACUUACAGUAUGACCCUAUUCUGGACAGUUGUUAGCAUUUCCAAGACCACUAUAAUGUCUCUGUUAUUCCGUCUUCACUCAGUGGUGGUAAUAAUGGGACAACAAGUCAAAGCAGCAUUCUUGCGGUCUCCAAAACUGCACCCUUUUUCCACUGAACCUCCUUCAUUGGCUGCAGGCAAAGUUCACACCAUCAAAGAGCCUGAAUUACGUAAGUUGCCAGUAAAUCUAAUCAAAUCAAAUCAAACAAAGGCAAAAAUAAAUGCAGCACAACGUGAACAUUCUCUGCGGCCCUCAGGUCCUCCAGCAGGUUAUUCCACAGACGGGGGCCAUAGUGUUGGAAAGAUGGCUCACCGCAAGUUAUUGUUCUCACUUUUGGUUCUAUUUAAAGGCCAGUGCCAAAGGAUCUCAGGGUUCACGGGGGUUCAUAUUGUAAAAGCAGUUCUGAAAGAUAAGAAGGUCCAAGAUCCCUAAGACAUUUAAAAACCAUUAAAAGGACCUUAAAAUCGAUCCUAAAGCAUCUUACACCAAAUUACAAACAUUGCAGGACUUCAAUAAAACUCUCCUGGUUUCCUUCUAAUCUCAAAAAAAUUAUGUAUGAUUUUGGUUUAAGUCUGCCCAGCUCCAAAAGCUCGUUCACAAAAGUGUCUGACUGAGUUUAAGGGGUUUGUGAUGUUUCUACUGAAGAUGAACUUUCAGGACCAUCUCUAAGUUAGGAUGCACAGAACAGAACAACGCACGAGUUUACAUCGAUUUUAGUCUAACAAGUCGACAGCGGUCUUUGAUCUUUGGGGAAAUAUUACAACUCUUAGCCGAACAGAUUUAAUAUAAAAGAUAUUAAUACUGCAGUUACUCACUUAUUCCUGUUUAAACUAUUUGUUUUCACUCCCCAUUGGAGAGAAAUGUUUCUCUUUAGCUGCUAAAAGUAAGUUGCACAGAUCGUUUUUUGCACUUUAUGCUUUUUAUGCAGAUGAUGAAGCUUUGGCAUCAAUGCAUGAACAUUUUUAAACCAUAUAUCAGUUUAUAGACUAACUUCAUCCAUAAAAUCAUUCACAACUUCAGAGUCUGUGUGAAUGACUGCGUCUUCCUUGACCUAGAAGCUGCAGACGAACUUUGCGUUCUGGCCUCCUUUUCUUGUGUUCUUUUAGGAAAAUUGGCACAGAGAGUCACGUACUUUUGAUCAUGAUAACACAAAAUUUUACAGUCUUUAAUUGAAUACCCUGGCUCAAUAUUUUGUGUGCCUCUUUCGAAACCUGUCCAGUGUCCCAAAACCGGAGUAACUUCUGCUCACUGUGUUGAAUUCUUGAAAAAAUUAUGCAAAGGUAAAGGAGCACUUCCCUUUCUUAAGCCUGGCUGGUCAUGAUUGCAUUCUGAAAACUGAGUGACCACGUGUUUUUGCAUCUUCUCUUCUUUCUCACGUACCAUUCAGUCAAGCAUGCAAUAUGAAGGGUGUCGCCCGCCCAGAGGUCGACUCCCUAACGUUGUGUGUGCAUCGACCGCAUCUCCUGUCACUGUGUGUGGAAAGUUUGAAACAAACCCACUUCAGCUUUCUCUUGACCACAAACACACCACUAUACACAAUGGAGAGAGCCCAGAGGGAGUCCUGAAAAGCACCACAUACACCCACGUUUUCAUCUCCACCCAAACGCACUCAUGGGUGCUGGCUUGUUAUUAUGGUUCAGAUCUUCAUUACUGUGUUUUUUUUUUUGUCAAAGUUGUAGGACUCCUGCCGAUUUGCAUGCAAAAGUAAAGCUAUGAAAGUUCCCAGGUGUGAGUGCGGUCACAUGCAUCAUGAUAAAGAGAAGAUUUUUCUACACUCUUUGGUUUCAGUACAUGUAGGAACUUCCCACCCAACAUCCUGUAAUGCUGUAAUGCUUUUCACACAGUGUCCUCACAUGACUCAGAUCAUGUUACAGUUCCUCUGGGUGCUUUUUUCUACCUUAAAUAACUCUGAGGUUGUAGUGAAUGAUUUGUUCUAUUUUCCACUCUGUCUUCAUCCGUCUUUAAUCCGACAUCACUGCGAGCCACGACUCGAACCGACUCCCUGAAGGUAAACAGCUGAUAGCACAGUAUGUUAAUGAUUAUUCCACAAAUAUAAGAUAUCCAAUACAGAAUACUUAUUUAACAGUCUUCACUCAAGCUGAUCAAAAAGUAAAAACACUUUUGUACUUAUAAACCCAUUAACCAUUUAAGGUGAUUAAUUAUCUAAAAUUAAGUUUCAUAGCGUUUGGAAAACAAUAGAGUCACAAAUAAGACAUAUCUUGUUUUAUUUAUUUAGCUUUAAUUGUGAGUGAAAUCAUGUUAUUUAUGAACAAACUGCAGAGACUGUGAAAUCUUUGCGCCUCUGAGACUCUGACACGCCUCCUUCUGCAGGCUGAUUAUUUGUUGCUCAAUCUGUCGGGGCUAAAAGUCUGUCUACUGUAAUGCCUGUGUGUGCACAGAUGCACGUAUGUGUAUUAGUAUAAAUUUGUACACAUUUACUUAUCAAUUGUAGAUUUUGGGUUUGUAUUCUUACUCUCAUUUCUCGCUGCUCUUUGUAAUGUCCAAAGUUUAAUAUAAAAACCUUAUUUUUAGCACAAACAUUUGAUCAUUUCAUUGAAUAUUAAUUAUUUUUACUCUAUGUCAAAUUAAUUUAAAAAGAACCAGGUGAGUUGCAUGUUUCAAUAAAAUUAUGUUGGUAAUUUUUUUUUUUAAGAAGUUCCUAUUUUAUACUGAUGACACUGUCCUCUACACCGCAGUCAGUCACUUAAAUUCUGUACCCUGCAUGUGUUCAAGUACAAAAAACAUCUGCAUAAAAUACCUGAUAUUUAAUUCUGUUCAAACUUUAUAGAUUCAUUAAUUCAAAUGUUAUUUUCCCUGAGGGGCAAUUUGGUUUGCAACAGAGGUUCAAACAAUCCAUACAUGACAUCACAAUACAUAAUUACAACCAUGUUAUUUAUGACUCUAAUGGAUUUCAUUAUGAGGCUGUGGAAUCGACAUAAUAUAGAUUGUCUAACAAUCAAAAAUUACACAGAUGUUAACAAAAGCAAGUCAUCGACUAUGACAGUUACAAUCCAUUCUGCACUCUUAAAAAUAAUUAGGCCUCAUCGUAAACAACAUUUCCAUCCGUUUGAAUUACUUAGAUAUAAUAUAAAUAUGCCAGUAAACUGUAUGUGCUAUAUAUUUGUCAAAAAAAUGUAACUAAAUGUAAUGUGUUUUUAACUAAAUGACUCUUGGUUGAUCCACAGCUCAUCAUAUCUAAACUAUAUUCAAGCAUUUUUAACUGAUUAAGUUGAAUAGUUUAUUGGAAUAACAGAUUUAUGCUGAUUCUAAGAACUUUCAAUUAAUAAAUUCUAAAAAAUAUAAUAAUUUCAAUAAAUUCGAACAGAUGUAAAUACUUACAUACAACAUUAACCCUUCACCAUAAAACUGGCCCUGCUCUAUCAGCACUUUCAUUUGACGUGGGUCACCACAAAACCUGAUCCUAGUCAUGGCUUAACACUCCAGGUUCCUAAAAGUCAUGAAGAAUUGGAAAAAACACCUUUUGGUCCCUAUGUGCCAAAAACUUUGACUUUGAUUAAUCUUUCAUUUGCCCUGCUGUAUCUUCUCUGUUGUACCUGUGGCUCGGCUUCUUGUCUGAUUCACAAUGAUUCACUCGUCUGUGUCUUUACCUCAUAAAAAAGAGAGUUUUAAAGGCAUGGCCACCUCACUUUACCUGAUUCGGUUCAAUCUUUGACCGUUAACCACUUCUUUGUGCUUCAGUAUGUAUAACACUCUCCCGCCCCUCUUUAAUUAAGGGCAUGAUCUCUGCCCCUCCUCGACCUCUGGGAGUUUUCCUCUUCAUUCGGUCGCUCUUCGAACUCCUCCUGGAAUUUUACAGCCGUGAGUCAGUGACAGGUCGAGCUGAGUCUGAGCAGCAGCCGGCUGCAUGCGUAUCCAAAAGGCAUUGAGAAACCUGUACCAGCAGGCCCCCGGCGUCAUGGGUGUACACCUUUCCCGACAGUUUUAGGGCGAGUCCUUGAGUGAAUGGCUAUUCUUCCCGAGACUCAGACUGACUGUUGAAGCUCCCAAAGAGGACCAGGGAUGUUAAGAUGCCGAAACUUUUGUUUUCAAGGAUUAAAUUUUAUGAAAUUAAGGAUUUAAUGCAAAAUGUGAAGCGGCCGAUGAGGUAAGACAGGCAGUCCGGUGAAAAUGAGCAAUGUCUGAGUGAAGAUGACUGGGUUUUUUUAAACUAGAAAGAACCUUGAACUUGUUUUUUAUUAAAAAGUUUGUCCUGAUUUUUAUUCACAGAAUAGAUAUUGUUCUUAAUCGAAAGAGGCAUAAAAAGGAUAUCCAGCGCCUCAUGGUACAAAAGCUAAAUGAAGAGGCUUAUUCUUCCAAACGCAGGUAGAGUAAAGUUUUAUUAUUGUGUUCCAAUACAUUCUUGUUUCAAUAAAAGUAAAAACUAUUUUUCUUGUUUAUUAGCUGGCAGGCUGAUCAUGAACUCUUCCCAACCAUGGAGAAACUGCUUCAGGAUAAAAGUAAGAAAACUCGAUGUCCAAUACAAUCAAACCUAAAGGCGCUCAUAUUUUAAGUGAAUCUUUAGUCCUCAGAAAAUUAAACUUUUAAUCUCACAAACUUUUGAAUACCUCAACACCGUCUUUUCUCUCUUCACAGAAUGUCUAGCAGCAUUUCGGGCUUUCCUGAAGUCCGAAUUCAGCGAGGAAAAUCUGGAUUUCUGGCUCGCCUGUGAAGACUUUAGGUCGACGGCCUCUUCGGACGACCUUCGCUGGAAAGCAGAGAAGAUCUACCAGGAGUUCAUCGAGCCAACAGCCUGCAGAGAGGUCAGUCUGCAUGAGAAAGUUUCUGGUCAGCAGUGGAGAAGAAUACUAAUAAUAUAGUCUUUUCCUUUAUUUCCCAAGUUGAACUCAAUAUACACGAUUUCCCCUGAAUUGAAGGUUACAAAACAGAGGAAGAUGAUGUUGCAUAAGCUCAAAAAACCUGAGAAGAACGAGUGAAAGUCUCAGAAAGUAGAUGAAGAAAUGAGACUACAACAUGUCACAACUUCCACUGCCUCUGGUGAUGAAUGCUGCAACAUCUCCGGUGUUGGCAUCCUGUGGGGUGUGGUUCACAAGUGUUUUAUCUGCUCUGUUAUUGUAUUCAGUGAAAUCCACUCAGAUGACAAAGAAGAGAGUAAGACAGUUUGAUAGAAAGAACUUGACAAACUUGGCGAAACUAAAUCAUGGAUGACUUAACUCAGUGUCUUCUUCUUCUUCCUGUCCCAGAUCAACGUCGACCACCAUAUCAGAGAGAAGAUUAAGCAGUCUUUGGACGAGCCCAGCCUUUCAUGCUUCGAUGAGGCCCAGAGACACGUUUAUCUCCUGAUGGAAAGAGACUCUUGCCCCAGAUUUCUCCAAUCAGAUGCCUACUUAAGCCUAAAGCAGAAAUCCAGGACUCUUUGGUACAUUUAAGGCCAUCAGAACUCUGUAUCAACCAUAGACUGUGUAUGAGAAGUGGACAGACAUGGCUAUAGAAACCCACUUCUACCCCAGUUUUUCUUUAACAUGUUGUUAUUUAUCAGUAUCCUGGUGCUGGCUCUGUACCUGGGGGUCUUUGCUGCUGCUCCACCUGCCUUGGGUUUUCAUUUAUGCACAUAAACCAGGUGAAGGUUUAUUUUCCUGACCGCAGGAUUUGGCAUUUCAAAGUCAGGAAGCUCUCAAGACCACCCACCAAACACCCGACGUCAUUUAGAUGUCUUUUUUCAGCCUAGAUCGUAGUCGUAAAACUAAAAGACGUCGAAAAGUGGGCUUCAUUUGGACGGUCUGAAUUUAGACGUUGUUUAGACAUUUGGUGAAGACAUCUAUCCAACCACUUUUUGCUGGAUGGAAAAAGUCGUCCCAUUUUCACAUUAAAUUAAGAAUAAAUCAAACUUCUUUCUUAUAGUUUUCCCCUACUUUUAAUACAAAUUUACAAAUUUCUGAGCACUUUUAACGCACAGUCUAUGGUUGCUUUUCCAUUCCUCACUUUUUGUACAUUUCUUUUUUUUUACUUUGCUGAAUCUAUAAGCUAUUUUUUUAACUAAAAUAGGAAAUGUGAAAGAGGGUAUUUUGAUAAAGUGUUGUAGAAAGUACUAAAGCAAGUAAAAAAGGAAAAAGUCAUGUGGGAGGGAAAAAGUUUGUGUACCAGAGAUUAAAGAGUGCCAUAGCUACACAUUAGCGUGGAUGCAGACAUAUGGAGUUGUGUGGAUUACAGUAUGUGCUACCAGAAAGUCUUUGUAAGUUUGGGUGGUGUUUACAGUACGGGAGAUAAUACAGAACGAUAAAUAAAUGUGGAAAUAAAAUGGCAAUAAAUGAACAACUCUUUUUUCCAACUUUG